AAUGUAGCGCUAGGGUUUUGUUUCAAACGUGAGUGCCACGGCUAUGGCGGUGUCCAGAUCGGGGGCUCUUGCUUCGUCCCCACCGCCCUUCGCAGGUGCAGAUUUUCGAUCUGUGGUAGAUUCUCUUGCUGAUUCGUGACCAGCAGAGCGAUUCGAGGUUUUUAGGGCGUGGGAAUCGGUCUUAGAAUGCUCGUCUAGGCCAUUCCAUGGCACGGACGUCGGUAGUCUUGCAGGACGAUUCAGGGCAAGUGGUCGGGAGUCCCACAUCCACGGCAACGCCUUCCCGAUCUCGAUGCAUCACAGAGACUGUGAAUGGAUCUCACCAUUUCACGAUCCAUGGCUAUUCCCUGGCCAAAGGGAUGGGCGUAGGGAAGUACAUUGCGAGCGACACAUUCACGGUUGGGGGCUACCAGUGGGCGAUCUACUUCUAUCCGGAUGGGAAGAACACCGAGGACAACUCGCUCUACGUGUCGGUGUUCAUAGCUCUGGCAAGUGAAGGGACGGAUGUGAGGGCGCUGUUCGAGCUGACGCUUCUGGAUCAAAGCGGCAAGAACAAGCAUAAGAUCCACAGCCACUUUGAUCGUUCGCUGGAGAGUGGUCCUUACACACUGAAGUAUCGAGGCAGUAUGUGGGGUUACAAGCGCUUCUUCAGACGGGCCGUGCUCGAGACGUCCGAUUUUCUGAAAGACGACAGUCUUUCAAUCACCUGCACGGUCGGCGUCGUAGUUUCCUCCAUGCAAGCCUUGAAGCAACACUCUUUGUUAGUUCCGGAAUCCGAUAUUGGCCAACAUUUCCUGUCUUUGUUGGAAAGUGGUGAAGGAACGGACGUUAACUUUAACGUAAAAGGGGAGGCAUUCAGUGCUCACAAGUUGUUACUGGCUGCGAGAUCCCCAGUGUUCAAAGCGCAGCUGUUUGGACCCAUGAAGGACGAGAAUGGUGACGUGAUCGAAAUCGACGACAUGGAACCACCUGUCUUCAAGGCCAUGCUACACUUUAUAUAUAAAGACAGUCUGCCCGAUACCAACGAGAUGACAGGGUCUUCGUCACAGUCGACGGCGACGAUGAUGGCUCAGCAUUUACUCGCAGCCGCAGAUAGGUUUUGCCUGGAUCGUUUAAGACUUUUGUGCGAGUCCAGGCUCUGUGAACAGAUCACUGUUGACACAGUGGCGACUACGCUUGCGUUGGCAGACCAACACCAUGCAUCUCAGCUCAAAAAUGUCUGCCUCAAGUUCGCUGCUUCCAACCUUGCAGUGGUGAUGCAGUCUGAUGGUUUUGAGUACCUGCGUGAGAGCUGCCCGUCAUUACAAUCCGAGCUCCUCAAGACGGUCGCGGGAGUAGAAGAAGAAGCCAAGGCUGGAACAAAGAACAGGACCGUCUGGACGCACGUCGCAGAUGGUGGCGACGGAUUGGGAAGGCGCGUGCGGCAAAAGAUCUGACGCUGCCCACCGGCGGCGUCAGUGAAGAUGUUUCAAGGCUCUUUUUAGUGAUGGAAGCUCGCCCAGGACCUCUACGAGAAAACCUCCGGUCAGUACACAUUGAGUUUCCAUUUUGUGAGAUUUCAAUGUGCUGAUCACUAGGAGAAAGGUUGCUGUGUCGUUGUAUGAUACAGAUUUAUAAAGGGCUUCCCUUGAUGCAA